AUGGAUACAGUUACAGAACUUAGACCAUUAUAUUUAGAUGCACAGGCUACUACACCAAUGGAUCCUCGUGUUUUGGAUGCCAUGUUACCAUAUAUGGUAUCAUAUUUUGGUAAUCCCCACUCUCGUACACAUGCUUAUGGAUGGGAGAGUGAAGAAGGAGUUGAAAAAGCCAGAAAACAAGUAGCUGAGCUGAUUGGGGCUGACCCACGUGAGAUUGUCUUCACAAGUGGAGCCACUGAAUCUAAUAACAUGGCUAUUAAAGGUGUCCUUCAUUUUUAUAAAUCAAAGAAGAAUCAUGUAAUUACAACACAAACGGAACACAAAUGUAUAUUAGAUUCCUGUCGCUCUCUUGAGAAUAAUGGCUAUGAUGUAACCUAUCUCCCUGUACAAAAGAAUGGGAUCAUUAGCUUACAGGAACUUGAAAGUGCCAUACGACCUACUACUUCACUUGUGUCCGUAAUGACCGUUAACAAUGAGAUAGGGGUUCUGCAGCCUAUAAAAGAUAUAGGAGAGAUCUGUCGUAAAAAUAAAGUUUUUUUCCAUACUGAUGCUGCUCAAGCCGUGGGUAAAGUUCCUGUUGACAUUAAUAAUAUGAAAAUAGAUUUAAUGUCAAUAAGUGGUCACAAAAUAUAUGGACCAAAAGGGUGUGGGGCGUUGUAUGUCCGUCGUCGACCGAGAGUCAGAAUUGAACCAAUCAUAAGUGGGGGAGGACAAGAAAGGGGAAUGAGGAGUGGUACAGUCCCUCAUACCCUUGUCAUUGGAAUGGGAGCUGCUUGUGAAAUAGCUCAAAAAGAAAUGAAAUAUGAUGCUGAGUGGGUGAAGUAUCUCUCUCAUCGUCUUGUUAAUGGAAUAACAUCUCAAGUUGGUCACAUUGUUAGAAAUGGUGACCCUGACCAAACUUAUCAUGGUUGUGUAAAUCUGUCAUUUGCUUUUGUUGAAGGAGAGAGUUUAUUAAUGGCAAUGAAACAAGUGGCAUUAUCAUCAGGAAGUGCCUGUACGUCAGCCUCAUUAGAACCCUCUUACGUUUUGAGAGCUAUUGGAGCUGACGAAGACUUAGCACACUCGUCUAUAAGAUUUGGUAUUGGACGAUUUACUACUGAGAAAGAAAUUGAUUUUACUAUUCAAAAAUGUGUAACUGAAGUCCAAAAAUUACGUGAAAUGAGUCCUCUUUAAAUGGUUCAAGAGGGCGUUGAUAUUAAAACAAUACAAUGGACACAGCAUUGA